UCUCUCCUUCUCUCCCCUCCUCCCUCCCUCCUCCCUCCCUCCCUCCCUCUGUGCGCGCCGGCGGCGGCGGCGCCGCGCUCCCUCCAGCCGCGCCCGCGCAGCCCCCGCAGGAGUAAAUAUCAGUAUGACUAGAGUCUGAGGAAGGGCUUCUGUGUUCCUAGCAAGAGCUUGCUGUGCAGAGGACAGUGCAAGGACACCAGGGGCAUUUUGAGCUACCAUGGAUAUCCCCACCGAUUUGGUGCCAUCAUCCAUGAUGUCCCAACCUGAGGUGAUUGAGUCCACAGCCGUGAGUGAACCACAGUGCUACUACAAUGAAACCAUUGCCUUCUUUUAUAACCGAAGUGGAAAAUAUCUAGCCACUGAAUGGAACACUGUCAGCAAGCUUGUAAUGGGACUGGGGAUUACCGUCUGCAUCUUCAUAAUGCUGGCCAACCUCUUGGUUAUGGUGGCUAUUUAUGUCAAUCGCCGAUUCCACUUUCCUAUUUAUUACUUAAUGGCCAACUUAGCUGCUGCGGACUUUUUUGCAGGGCUGGCCUACUUUUACUUAAUGUUCAACACAGGACCCAACACUAGAAGACUGACUGUAAGCACCUGGCUUCUCCGUCAGGGUCUCAUUGACACGAGUCUGACAGCUUCUGUAGCCAAUUUGUUGGCCAUUGCUAUUGAGCGGCACAUUACAGUUUUCCGAAUGCAGCUACAUACGCGGAUGAGCAACCGCCGAGUGGUCGUUGUAAUUGUUGUUAUCUGGACUAUGGCCAUCGUCAUGGGUGCCAUACCAAGUGUCGGAUGGAACUGUAUUUGUGAUAUCACUCAUUGCUCCAACAUGGCACCGCUCUAUAGUGACUCCUACCUGGUCUUCUGGGCUAUUUUCAACCUGGUCACUUUUGUGGUCAUGGUGGUCCUAUAUGCUCACAUCUUUGGGUACGUUCGCCAAAGGACUAUGAGAAUGUCCAGACACAGUUCUGGACCCCGCAGGAAUCGGGACACCAUGAUGAGCCUCUUGAAGACUGUGGUCAUUGUACUUGGUGCUUUCAUAAUCUGCUGGACCCCAGGAUUAGUCUUGCUGCUCCUCGAUGUUUGCUGUCCCCAGUGCAAUGUCCUGGCCUAUGAAAAAUUCUUCCUGCUCCUGGCAGAGUUCAACUCUGCCAUGAACCCCAUUAUCUACUCCUACCGGGACAAGGAAAUGAGUGCGACAUUCAAGCAGAUCCUCUGCUGCCAGCGUAGCGAGAGCACCAACGGCCCCACCGAAGGCUCGGAUCGCUCAGCAUCCUCCCUCAACCACACCAUCUUGGCUGGCGUCCACAGCAAUGACCACUCCGUGGUGUGAAACCACAGCCAGCCCUGUGCCUGACAAAGAGCAGCAGGCAGCGCUGUGGACGGGGCAGGUGCAUGGCCCUAGGGAAGGUAACCCACUCACGUUUUCUCAAACACUAAUGGACUACAAGUGCAUCUUUUCCAGGGGGCCUGACAUACCAGUGCAAACUGCCCUGUCCUCAGGACUGGCCAUGCUGCAAAGCCUUUGAUUUCUCCUUUGAAAAAGGGGAAUAUCGUUGCUUUGCAGAGGAGGUCAUCAGUAGCCCAUGGAAAGCCUUGCUGACACUUUGUUGGACUUUGCUGCAUCUUGGUGCCAGUCUGAAUCAACUCUGAUUAAUUAAGCUUAUACCUGCUUCACUGCAUUUACAUGUAGCCACUUAGUAUUUUUAAAAAGGGAGUAAAGGGGAUAAAAAUAUGCCUAUCAUUUAAUAGACAUGUAAUAUGUAUCACCAUCAGCAUGCUUGUGAUGAACAUUUUCUGUGCAGGGAGUAAAACUGUGCUCUAGUCUUUGUAUACUUAGCCACACUGUCAUAACUACAGUAAAAAGAAAAGUAUUUUUUUUAACACAGGCAACAGAAACAUGAGGGAAACUGACUCUUCUUACCUUCAUUACUGGCGUUAGAGAAUGCAUGUUCUGUGUGUAUGCAGAUUGUUUUAAUCAUGAAAAAAAAAAAAAAAGUUCUUUGUAAAGUCUGCCGGAAAGUAGAAAAGCAUAGACUGUAUUCCAGUGUUUGUUUAGAUUAUGAAAUAAACAGUACUUUAGUCACAA